GAGCUCCUGGAGCAGUGCAACGUUGAUGUGGUUUUCUUCGAAGAGGCGGGGGAGUUGCUGGAGAGCAAGCAGAUUGCCUGCAUCCCCCGCACUGCGCGGCACCUUGUGAUGAUCGGGGACCCGCUGCAGCUGCCGCCCAAUCCCGACACCUUUGAACUCAAGGAGCAUUUUGACUUCGGCACGUCCUUGAUGGAACGACUGAUCAACAACGGCUACCCUUACAAUAGAGUAUUUUAUAGGCAAGGGAGUGAAACUUCGAAGGGAGUCAAGGGAGCCAAGGGAGGAAGAUAAAACUUGCACAAAUUGCCUCCCCUAAAAUCAUCGCAAAAAUGCAUGCUAUGGGCGCACUUACCGGGCACCGGUUUGGGCCCUGCUGCCCCCCCCCCCCCGCUGCGGCCCGCGGUUUGGCCGCGUUUAGGCAUUAGCUCGCUGACGAAGGCCCUGGCCUCUUGAAGAAGGUGAGGGCUUCUAGAGUCGCCCCCGUCAACAGAAGUCGCCGGGGCGGCCGGGCCUCUGCCUGGCAACAUAGAGCGUGGAGCCGAAGGAACGCGUAAACUGUUGCCGUGGCCAUGUCAAGUUUCCGCUGUCCAGGGGAAGUUGAGGCAGCCACUUCAGCAGUUUGCUUGUCGAGAUCUUUCGCGCGAGGUUCUGCGUGACCAGAUUCAACGUCAUGCCGAACAGAGAAUACGAACGCAGUGGAAAUGUUGAAGCGGCCACUUCGACUUUCUCCAAUCGGGAAAGAGUUGCAGUGGCCGUCAGAACGCGCCGUAAGUUUGAAGCUCACACGCGUGGCAUAUCUUUCUAGCCUGCUUCGCAUUGAUGCUUCGCACUGAUGCUUCGCAUUGAUGCUUCGCAUUGAUGCUUCGCAUUGAUGCGUCGCAACAUUCCCACACGUGGGCGCAUGUCCUACAUGCUGCACGUGCCUCGCCGCGCGCGCGCAGCGCGCGGCCCGAAAAAUUUUUGUGAUGUGCGCACAGAUGUCGAGCCGCGCGCGCGCAGCGCGCGCCGCGAAGAAUUUUUGCUAUACUUAUGCCGAUCGCAUUGGCGCGCGCGACUGCUUUUUUAACUUACUCCCUUGACUCCCUUGGAAAGUUGCGCUGUACUCCCUUGGCUGGCGCCAGACACUAAUAAACCUAUUACAAGACUCUGAUGCGCCAGAGCCGCAUGCAUCCGGACAUCAGUAGACUCAGCCGACACACAUACCCGCAACUCGAAAACCACGAAGCGGUAGUGGGUGCACUGGAGAAGUUCCCCGGCCUCGCAAAUAGAGUGCACUUCUGGGACACGGGCUCCUUGUACCGCGAGGUCAAGGAGAGGAGCGUAACCAACGGAGAGGAGGCACAGCGAGCGGUUGGUAUCGCCCAGAACCUCGUCUACAAUGGGGUGCCACCGGAAAAAAUCGGAGUGCUUGCCAUGUAUAAAGGCCAGGCGCGAUUGAUACGCGAUCUGAUCAAGAGAUCCGAAAACUUUGGUGUCGAGGCCUUUUUGAAACAGCCCCUGCCCAAGAAAAACGCACUCGUCUCUGAACUCCUGGACAAGGGCCGAAAUCCCUUAUCCAAAUCCGGCGGCCCAGCUGCCUAUACGAAGGACGAAAAAGGCCGAACGGUGAGCUACAGCAAGCUGGAGGAUGUCGCGGUAGAUUCAGUCGACAAUUUUCAGGGCGACCAGCGAGACUACGUGAUCGUCAGCUUUUGCCGAUCCAACGACAAUCAUGACUGCGGCUUUCUGAAAAAGGCAGACUCUGGACCGCAGCGACUUAACGUCGCGCUCACUCGCGCGAGGUGUGGAUUAUUUCUCAUCGGCGACCGCGCCUGUCUCGAAACGGACUACCCGGUCAGUGGAAAGGACCGCAAAACGCAUGAAAGGCUUUUCGACAAAACUCGUCCGGUGCCAAAUGCCGUUUUCAAAAACCUGUUUGCGGAUUUGGACGAAGGAAAACUCGUCAGCAAAAAACUGGAACUACACUGUGAGCGGCACCCGGAGAACGGUGGACUGGUCUGCACCACCGCGGCAGACUGGGCACUGGGGGCGUUCCAAUGUCGAGAGACCUGUGGAAAAACGCUGUCCGCGUGCCAGCACACCUGCAAGCAGCAGUGCCACCCGGGGCUCUGUCCUGCAAACCUCUGCCGCGAGCCUGUAGUGGUGGAGUGUCCAAACGGGAUUGCAGAUCACCCGGCGUGGACGGCGUUCUGCUACGAGCAAGGGAACGCUAAAUGCAGGUCAAUCGUGAACUUUGACUGCGGACGCUGCAGGGACGAUGACCUGUUUUCCGAUCCAGUACAGAAGCAGGCCUGUAAGGAACGACGCACGCCCUUGUCCCGGCUUUGUUUCGAAACGGAGCGCGAGGUCGCCAAAACUUGCUCAGCCACGUACCACUACACCUGCAGGAAUGGCGACCACCACUACACCCGGCGUUGCCACGAAGAUGAGAUCGCGCAGUGUUUGCAGCAGACAACUUGCGUUCGCAAAGACUGUGGACACCUAUUCGAGAAGAGAUGCUAUGCUCUGGAUAAGACGAACACGGUCGAAUUCGAACAACUACUCGAGGAUCUCGCAGAGACACCGUGCCAGGAGGAAGUAUGCGAACCGUGCGCCCGCUGCGGAGAAGGCGCGCUUGUUCGCGUGUGCAGUGAAGCGCAGCCCCGGGACCGGUGCAGAAGGAAGCUGCCAUACCACUGCGCCGCAUGCGGUCACGAAAGUCAGAGGCCCUGUGAGGUUCCGGAGGCGGAGUACCGCUGUCCCGCCGUUUUGGAAGAGCUUUGCCGCGACUGCGGCGUUGCAACGGUGAAGCGUGUCUGCAGCGAGACAGCCCCACAGCAGCCAUGUACGCAUGAGAUCGAUCAUACCUGUGUCGAUUGCGGAGAAGUGGCGAAAAAGCUUUGCAGUGCCCCGGGUGGUUCUUUCGUUUGCCAGGCCGUGUAUCCGCAUACCUGCGGCGAGUGCGGCCUUGUGGGCGAUAAACAAUGUGGGGUGCGGAAAUAUGUAUGCCCCGCUUUGCAGCCGUUUAACUGCGGCAGCUGUGGCGCAUUCGUCAAGCACUACCAGUGUGGCAUGCCGCCGACCCCGGAGCAGCUCGAGACCGACUUUCUGUGCCUGAAAGAGGUGGACCAGGAGUGUAGUGAGUGUUACACCGUCGGGAAACGCGUGUGUGCCAUGUCGCCAUCGGAAUUCGUGUGUCGCGCGCCUUGCAAAAAAGUCCUUCCUGAGUGUGGCCAUCCGUGCGCGCGGGUGUGCGGUCUUCCCUGCGCCCGAGAAAAGUCGGAGUGCAGGUGGUGUGCCCUGGAGCUGACCAAAGAGUGGCUAAACCACGGGUGCCUCUCGGAAGACAAGGCACCCGAACACGAUUAUGCCGUCGGGACCCGGUGUUUGCUUCCAGUGUGGAAAAUCGAGUUUACACAAGCCAGCAUUUCAACGGAGAUGCGGUCCGGCGCCUCGGUUGAUCAACAAGUGGAGGAGAUCAUCCGGUAUUGCCCCGAGGACCUAAGGCCCGAAAACUUCGAGAAGCGUUUCACUUGUAUCAAAGUUUACAGGAUGUUGGAGUGUGAGUACCUUCGCCCGAUUCUCCAAGAUGGCUCGGAAGGAGAACCCCGGGCGGUGUGGCGGACGCGCUUCUACGCUCUGGACAACCGCCGGACGGCGUUGCUAAAGAAGUGCAACCCGGGCGGGGAGGUGUACGUGGAGAUUUCGGGCGACGCGAAAGACUUCCAGAGCAAGUACGAUCCAAAAGGGCGUGCGAAGCUGCAGCACGACGAAAUUAGGCAGGUAAUGGGCUGCGCCGGUCCGGACAAGGGAGCAGGUGUGGCUCCUGGUGCCGCGACAGCGACUAAUAAAAAUAAAACGAAGAAUAAAAAGGUUAGCAAGAACAAAGCUGCGGCUCCAGCAACUGACCAUGAAGUUCUAAAGGGCGUUGAAGCGAGAACGUAUGGCGUCGCAGAAGGUAGUUCCGGCACCAGGUUCCCGAGUUUAAAAAAGAAGAGGAAGACAAACCCAAACGGGAAGAAAGCAAAUAAGAAAUGCAAUAUUGAACCUUUCGCCGCCACAGAAAAUGUAAAAGUGAAAAAUAAGAAUGACGGCAAUAAUAAGAAAAACAAAAAAAAUGCCUGCAAGAAGCAGCAGUCAUCCUCAUCGUCAUCGGCCGACAACGAGAAAAGCAAGGCAUCCGAAACGCCAAAAGGGAACGAUAAAAACGAUGACAAGCGAGAAGAAACAGAAGCAGAACCAACUCAAGCCGCCUCAUCCUCCCAGGUGUUCAUGCAAUCGCUAUCGGGACCGCUGGUUCAUGAUGAUCAAGAUGACAGCGCCGGUAAAAAAUCCAACACGAAGAUGUACGAGGAACAGGUGGCACGACUGUCAGCUAUUUUUCCAGCAGGGGAGCAUGGUCUUGUGUUCGCCGAGGCCGAAUCGGUUCAGAUUUCAGCAGAAAAAUCUGAUUUAAUGUCGUCGCCGGUCGUCCGCAUCCGGGGUGCGGGGGAUGCAGGGCGCUGCAAAAUCUCAAACACCGAGCCCCUCACUGCAGCACCUAGUCCAGGAUCAUCUUCCGCCACGAAGAGUACACCAGGUAGCCGUGAUUAUUCAAUGAGCCCUUUGCCUGAACUUGAUCUCCAGGGCGAGUCCAAAAGUAACACUCCAGCUGCAGCUCCUCCUGAAGGUGAUCCAAUUCCAGAGCUGCUUUAUCCUGAAAGACCACCACUCCCCGGCUUCGACCCUGUGACUAUUUGGCGACGUCCACAAAAAGGCAAAGAGGAGCCGCGCGUGAAAAGUAAAGGCGCGGGCAAGUUUGCGGUCGUAGAACAUGAACAGGGCAAGGUUGUAACAAGGCAGAUCUUGCGAACCGACGCGGCGGGAGAGAUGAGAAACAAAGCUGGCACGCAAAUCGUCUUACAUCACUACGAGCUCCCCAUUGAACCACCAGAGGAUCAUGACGAUAUCUCCCUGCUUCGAGACGGGAGAAGGCAGCGCCAAAUUGCAACAAGUCAGCGCUACGUUAUCAUCGAUGACCUAGACCUGGUCACGGACACAGUUGCUGGCAAAAGUGCAAGAGCAGAAGUAGAUUUGUCCAGCCUCGAGACAUGGGCUACUGCGAACCUGAACGCUGCUACGCCGCCUACUGAAAGUCCGGACUGCAGCGCCGAGGGAGUGAGCAGUCGUGAAAAUACAGAAGUUUUUGAGCGAGUGGUUCGGGAAGCUAUCGAUGCUCCGCUCCGCAUGAUGAUGGAAUCUCCCGUUUGUCUCAGGAAAUGCCUCGGCUUCCGUCGGGAUGCUGAACCUGUGGUCGUCGUCAGCUCCGGUCUGCUGUACUUGCUCGGAUUGUUGCAUACGACCUACGUGCACGAUCGGUUUCCCGACUUCAGUUUUCAGGCGUAUUACGACCCUGACGUGCGUGUUAUGCUGCUCUGGCGAAAGAUCGAAGAGGAAUUCCCCGAGCGCGUCACCCAGCAUGGCGUGGAGGGGGCCCGCGAAAUUUUGCGCAAGUCAGAGGAGAGAAUUCUGGCGGGAAAGCGAUUUAUCCAGCAUGUCACAUCAUCUAGAUCUACACCAACUGCCACCUGCGCGCCUCUCUCCAGAGAUCAGGAAGGGGUGAUGCGCAAUGCCAAUCAUGCGAAAUUAUGCAAUACUACGUCUACGUCUACUACGAGCAUAACCUGUACGCUCCGCCGCGUCCCGUCGUUGAGCUGCUUCCUACCGGUCUUUCCCUGUCAACCACACAAAAAUGAUCCGAGCUUUCUCCUUUACGGUGGCGGUAGCUACCUACGGCACGGAAAACAGCUGCAACAGAACGGAAAGACGCUGUACGCGGUUGUGCGAAAGUCCAACAAAAAAUUUCGCGAGGCCGCCGAUCACGGCUGGAAGGACAAGAAAUUGAAUUCGAGGAUUUUCUUUGGUGCCAACGCGUACCGGCAGUACAACAAGCUCGCGUGUGGUGGUACGGAUGGCCUGCUUCUUGGUUUUUACAACGAGGACGACGGCCGCGUGGAAGGGGUAAACGCAAUCACCUCGCUGGAACAGUUUCGCAACACGUUUUCGUGGAGCUUGAACCACGAUCUACCGCAGGGUGGCGAGCUGUACCGGGUCCUGUUCGCGCAGCUUUUUGAGAAGUGCGCACGAUUUUCGGGGAAGCCACUCACCGUGCGUAAGGAACGCGGAUCCGCCGAAGAAGAUCACUACGGCUACCAAAAAGCUGUCACGCUACGAUUUGAAGAGUCAUCACCUGGCAUCGACUACUCCAACGAACUUAUCGACCUCAUUCAAUCGUUCACGCACAAAUGGCAGCGGAUAGAACAGGGCCGAUCAUGAUUGUGAAGAAGCCAGAGGCAGAGCAAAACAGCUUGCAUUUCGCGCGAUCCUUUGUUUCGCGUGAUGAUAAAUCUGCAGAACUCGAACAUCCGCAGAUGGAGAUGCAGAUGGCUCGAAUUUUCCAUCUUCAUUAUGUAUGAUAUUCAGGGACUCAACGAAGAUAUAACUUAACUAUCCUCAUUCAAAAACAAAACCUCAAAGUCAAGAAAGUGGGAGGCUUGCAGGGGAAAAAUUAUUAAGUUCCCGGACAAGCAUUCACGUUUCUUUUCGUUUUCCUGCUCUGAAAACAAACGCCCGAAUCAUCAGGCGCUCAUUCUCACAUACGCGCGAACGCAAGUGUGCGGGUUGUUUGUGCGAAAGUAGAACUAAAAAAAGGCUGCAUGUAGUGAGUCA